AUGUCGUUUAUCGCAAGAUUCUUUAGUUGGAAACAGCAGAAAGGAUUGCAGACCAGUGGUACGCGGGCUGUUUAUACACAUGAAGAGGAUGAUUUUGUGCACGUUAGUCAUGUUAAAACGCGAGAAAGUGAAGCUGAUGAUGAGGCUGAUGUCUCCAAAUGGGAAAUGGCCCGGAUUUUGGGUCAUCUUGAUGUGAAAGUGCAACCGAAAGUGGAAACACUGGGUGAUAUCAAGAAGUACAGGACCAGCAGGAGCUCAAAUACUGCUGCUGUGAAGGAGCACUAUGUGGAUGAUCGAUAUGUCAUCGAUGAUCCUUUGGAGCUCGAUAUGUUCGAUGACAAGUUGAACCGCGUAAUCAAGAGGUCCCAUAGGAGAAAGACAAACUUUCCCGAGAAAUCAAGGCUUUAG